UCAUUAAUUAAUAGUAGAAGCUAAGAAGCAGUCAGAACAAAGUGCAACGCAAACAUCAAACCUUGUUGCAAUUGUCCGUCCAUUUUCCACUAUUUAUUGCCGAUUAAAGUCAUAAGCCGGGCCAAAUAAUGCAAACCGGUUAUAGAAUCGGAUUAAGCGCGCUAGCCAAGAUCGCUAGAUACUAGUGUUGAGAUACCUUGAUGGCCGGAGUCGGAGAGCCACUUCGUGACUGGAGCCCGCUUGGAAUGGUCCGAUCAAGUUGGUCGAAAGUGAGAGUACUCCCGUUGCUGUGGUUCCUGUUCCACGGGAUUCCCCCGCUGCUGACCAUUCGCCUGCAGCCCUGCGAACUAGCUGGCCAACUUUACAUACUGGAUGUCCCGAAAUCUGAGUUACCCCUGUGGCUUUGCAUUGCCGAAUUCGAGAGCCGCUUCAACACGCACGUUGUGGGCCAGGCCAAUGCGGAUGGCUCCCGGGACUACGGACUGUUCCAGAUCAGCGAUCGCUACUGGUGUGCGCCGCCGAAUCGUACGGAGUACUAUGCGUUCAACGAUUGCAACGUGAAUUGCACUCGCCUUCUGAGCGACGACAUCACCAUGGCCGUCCAGUGCGCUCGGCUCAUCCAGAAGCAACAGGGCUGGACGGCCUGGUCCGUCUACCCGGAGUUUUGCAAUGGCACUUUGGAUGCCAUCGAUGAGUGCUUCCAGCCAGGGAAUGCCACUGAUUUGAAGGCCAGCGACGAGCUGGCGGAGGUCAAAGAUUCUUAGAGAUUGUCUGCCCAUUAGGUCAUCACUGCCGAAAUAUGAAAAUUUAUGUAUGCGAAAUUAAAAUCUUAAUUACCGUUUAAAGUCGACUUGUUUUAUUGGAC